AUGGGGAAGAAAUGGCUCCCGCUGGAGAGCAACCCCGAGGUCAUGGGGUCGUUCGCGCACACCCUGGGGUUGCCCGCGGACGUCGGGUUCCACGACAUCUUCGGGCUCGACCCCGACCUCCUCGCGAUGGUCCCUCAACCCGUGCACGCGGUCCUCCUCCUGUUCCCUAUAACGGACAAAUCCGAGGCGUUAUCCGCAUCAGAGGCCGCGGUCAUCGAACAAAACGGCCAGACGUUAUCCGAGAAGGUGUACUACAUGCGUCAGACGAUCGGCAACGCGUGCGGGACGAUCGGCGUGUUGCACGCCGUCGGUAACAACGCGGAAAAAUACGCCUUCGCGCCCGGGUCGUACUUCGCGUCCUUCUUCGGUAAAACGAAAGGAAUGACCCCGGAGGAGAAGGCGGCGUACUUGGAAAACGACGACGGCAUCGAGGCCGCGCACGGGAGCGCGGUCGCGGCCGGGGAGACCGACGUCCCGUCGCUCGAGACGCAGAUCAACCUCCACUUCGUCGCGCUCGUGCACGUGGACGGCGGGCUGUACGAGCUCGACGGGAGGAAAAAAACACCAGUGUACCACGGCGCGACGACGGCGGAGACCCUCCUCGCGGACGCCGCGCCCGUGAUAAAGAAGUUCAUGGACGUCGCGGAGGGGGACAUUAACUUCAACGCGAUAGCCAUGGCGCCGUUUCAGUGA